AUGGAUCCGGUGCUGCUCGAGCGGGAACGCGUGCUGUUCCGCAUGAACGAGGAAAUAAACGCAAAGUCACGCGGACUGUUCGAGCUGAACGAGAACGUCAGCUGGAUGACGACGAAGCGCCGGCUUCGCCACGGCAUGAAGAAGCAGAAUAACCUACCGGUAACCAUCAACGGGCCACCCUGUGCUGGGGAUGAUUCGUCCUCAUCGGAUCUGGGCGCCUCAAUCGAUACGACUACCGGCGCAGGCGGCACGGGUUCUGACGAAGACGAUCCGGAUGAACGAUCCGGAGCCGUCCUUUUCGAGGUGGUGGGUGAACCUGGUCAUUUUGGGGGUGGUACAGAGGCUGAGGAGGCCACCCGGACAACCCUCACCGAGUUCCGGUGUGACGCCAUCAAGGACACGCGUGCCCACAACGCUAACCAGCAGUUGCAGCUGGUGAAGGUCACGACUGUCUCGGUGGAGCGGAAGGUGAGCAACGGCCAGCGGACUGCUACCGGUGUUGGUGGUGGUAGUGGUGGAGGAGUAGGUGUUGGUGGGGGUGGAAUGCUGAUCGCAAGUAAAUCGGUGACGUCAGCGGCAACUUCUCGCAAUCUCUCCAAGAACAUGGCCGACGUGGUCCCGAAAGUGCUCGAGAAGAAGAACAUCAGCUCGGAAGGACUCAUCAAAUUCCUCAAAUCGAAGGUGGCCAUCCUGCAGACAGAGCUGGAAGGCGUUCAGAAGCAGAAUGAGGCGAACCUGAAGGAUUUGAAUCUGGCGCUCGAUCGACUCAAGCAACUCGAGGCGCUGAAGGAACAGCUGUUGACGAAGAACGGGGCGCUCGAGCGGACGGUUAAAAAGUUCGAGGAGCGCAACGUGGAGUUGGACAAAACGUUGAAGGAAAAGGACGUUCAACUGAAUGGUUCAGCGAAGGAGUUGUUUGGGGCGCGUUCGGAGAUUCGCAACCUGACGCACACCAACCAGACGCAAGAGAAGCGCCUACUGAAAGCUCUGGAAGAAGUCGAAAGUCUUCGCAUCAAGCUGAACAUCGCUAACGACUCGGAAAAGGAAACCCGCGAUGCCGCCCGACAGGAACGACUCACCUACGAGAAGCAGAUCCGGCAGUUGCGGAAGCAACGCACCGAGGUAUUGGCUGACUACAAGAAGCUACUGCUGAGCGUGGACCAGAUGAAGAAGCUCAACUUCAACCAGGAGCAGUCGAAGGCGAUCAACGACUUCGAGAAGGACUACUUUCGGCACCUGGACGAAGCGGUGCAGUAG